AUGAGGCCACCGAGGAGGCCGAUCCACGCAGUGUCGACAUGGGUCCGGCGGCAGCCGCCGAAAGUGAAGGCUUUUCUGGCGGUCGUCAGCGGCAUGGCGGCGCUGGUGCUUCUCCGUGUUAUUGUUCACGAUCAUGACAACCUUUUUGUUGCCGCCGAGGCCGUUCACUCCAUCGGAAUUUCGGUUCUUAUUUACAAGCUUAUGAAGGAAAAAACCUGUGCUGGGCUUUCACUCAAAUCCCAGGAGUUAACAGCAUUGUUUUUGGCUGUUAGAUUGUAUUGCAGUUUUGUCAUGGAAUAUGAUAUACACACGUUGCUUGACUUAGCUACUUUGGCUACAACCUUGUGGGUGAUGUAUAUGAUUCGUUUUAAACUGAGAUCCAGUUACAUGGAGGAUAAAGACAAUUUUGCUUGGUAUUAUGUGGUCGUACCUUGUGUUGGUUUAGCUUUGCUAAUUCAUCCAUCUACGUCACAUCACAUUGUCAAUAGAAUUGCCUGGGCUUUCUGUGUUUACCUGGAAGCUGUUUCCGUGCUACCUCAAUUGCGCGUCAUGCAAAACACAAAGAUUGUUGAACCUUUUACAGCUCAUUAUGUAUUCGCAUUGGGUGUUGCAAGGUUCUUGAGCUGUGCUCAUUGGGUUCUCCAGGUUUUGGACAGUCGUGGUCAUCUGCUUGUGGCACUGGGUUAUGGUCUGUGGCCGUCAAUGGUUCUUAUAUCAGAAAUUGUUCAAACCUUCAUCCUCGCAGACUUUUGUUAUUAUUAUGUAAAAAGUGUUUUCGGAGGACAGCUAGUGUUACGCCUUCCUUCUGGAGUGGUGUAA